UCCUGACGGAGGGGCAGACAGGAAACUCACUCGCGGGCACGGCCUUCCCUCCCCCUCACUGCAGUGACAUGUGACACUCCCCGUCUGUUCUGCCCUCCUGUAAGAAACCCCGGGGGAACAGGGUUUUUAAACUUCUGAGAAAUCAAAACUAACCUAGAGAGGGAGCGGCUCCAAGCCAAAACCACCCGGCUCGGGGCUCUGCUUCAGGAAGCGUCUGCCUUCUUCACCUGGGACCACACCUGCCCACCAAAGCCAGACAUGAUCAAGGAGGAGCACGAGGUGGCCGUGCUGGGGGCGCCCCAGGGCUCAGGAGCCGUGAGGUCCACCGUGGUCACCAUGCAGCCGGAGACCGUCGUGCCCGACCACAUCGUCUGGUCCCUGUUCAACACGAUCUUCUUCAACACCUGCUGCCUGGGCUUCGUGGCGUUCGCCUACUCCGUGAAGUCCAGGGACCGGAAGAUGGUCGGCGACGUGGUUGGGGCCCAGAGCUACGCGUCCACCGCCAAGUGCCUGAACAUCUGGGCCCUGGUCUUGGGCCUCCUUGGGACCAUAGGGUGCAUCGUGGUUCUGGCGUUGCUGUUGCCAGGCGUCCUCAGCGCAAUAGCGCAGGCCGCGCAGGCCCACGGAGGCCUGUAGUGGCUGCCCACGGCCGGCGGACCACGUCUCCCCUCCCGCUCCUGGCUCUGCCCCCACGCCCACCCCUUCCUACAGCACUUUGUCCCUGCCCCCUGCCCGCCGCCGAACCCAAUAAAGUGCACUGCACGUGACAA